AUGGAUAAAACGAGUGAAAUCGCAGUCGGUUUUGAUCGGAGUAGCACCAAACAAAGAAUUCAUGAUAGAAAGCAUCAACAAAUUAACGAAGGAACCGAAUUACCACCGAAAUUCAAAGGGGUUGUUCCACAACCGAACGGGCAUUGGGGAGCGCAAAUCUACGCAAAUCAUUUGAGGAUUUGGUUAGGCACCUUCAAAUCAGAGACUGAAGCUGCCAUGGCGUACGAUAGUGCUUCCAUCAAACUUCGUACCGGAGACAAUUACAGAAACUUUCCAUGGACCAACAUGACAGUUCAUGAGCCUAAAUUCCAGGGCCUACAUAGUACAGAAGGAAUUUUGAACAUGAUAAGGGAUGGAUCCUAUCCAUCAAAAUUUGAAGACUUUUUGAGGAGCCAAAAGGGGGAAAAUGAGAUAGGUGUCAACCUAAUCAAGGUCCAAGGGCAUGGUGGUGUUUCCUGUAAACUUCUUUUCCAGAAGGAAUUGACACCAAGUGAUGUGGGUAAGCUUAAUAGGCUUGUUGUUCCAAAGAAAUACGCGGUCAAGUUCUUUCCCCCUAUGUCGGAGGACACGGAAGAAAAUACAGGUGGUGGGAAGGUGGAUGAGGUACAUCUUUUUUUUUAUGACAGGAUGAUGAGGCUAUGGAAAUUCCGGUACUGUUAUUGGAAGAGUAGCCAGAGCUUUGUUUUCACAAGGGGCUGGAAUCGAUUCGUGAAGGAAAAGGGGUUAAAGGCCAACGACCUCAUUACGUUCUACAUAUGCGAAGGUCAAGAAGCAGCAAAAGGAUGUCAAUCCUUCUUUGUUAUUGAUAUAGGUCACACUGAGGGAUCAAGAAACGGUACGGUACUAGAUGAAGGAAUUAUUAGUCAAAAUGUGGAUAUACAAGUGGAUUUAAGUCUGAAAUUGGGACAAAAUGUCAACUUGGAGUUGGUUAAGGAUGAGAAGGAAGAUUGUGAGCUUCAUAAGUUGUUUCCGGGACUGGGGUUAGCACCCAAGAGGAAGAGAAGUGUUAGACUUUUUGGUUUUGAGCUCAAUUGA